GGUUUUCUACGCGUAUAUUUUUUCUAGUAAUUUGAAAUAUGAAUAUACUCGAUGUGUAUUUUUGAAGUGCAACCACGACCUGCGGAUGACUUUGACCUCUUUUUUUCGUCCAUGGUACAUUCAAAAUAAAGAACAGAUCUGCAGAAAUUAAGAACAAUUCAGAAAUGUAUUUUUCUAUGCGGAAGCGAUUAGAUUUUUAUGAGAAUGUGCUUAGAUGCACGACCAUCUCUACCUCUACUCUCCCACCAAAUUAGAGAGUUGAUUGUUUUGAUAAGAAGACGAUCAAAACCGGUUGCCGACUGCUGCUGUGCUGCCUUUGCUGAUAGACUUGGCUAAAAUCAGCAGCGAAGACAAUCGGGAACCAGACGCGGCACAGAACACACCUCACACGCAGAAUGACAGCCAAAAUCAAGCUGCGGUCGCAGCUGCAUCUCAUGACUGGCUUCAUGGCGGGAUUUAUCUUCGCCUUCGUGCUGCUCCUGUACGUCUACGAUGUGAACCGUGCGUCACCGUGGUGCACCAGCUCCUCCCCCUCCACAUUGCCGACGGCCACAACAGCACCCCUGGCAAGGUUUAAGGAGGCGCCGGCCGCAAGGAUUCUCUGCAUGGUGCUCACCUGUCCAGAGAAUGUGCAGAGUUUGGCGCGCCAUGUCCAUGCCACUUGGGGCAAGCGAUGCAGCCGCCUGGUGUUCGUCAGCAGUGAGAGCUACGAGCCGCUAGGAGUCGUCCAGGUUGUGGAUCCCAGCGGUGGCGGCUAUGAGGAUCUGUGGAACAAGACACGCGAGGGUUUCCGCCAUAUCUGGCAGGAGUACGGACAGGACUUCGAUUGGUAUCUGAAGGCAGACGAUGAUACCUAUGUCAUCAUGGAGAACAUGCAGUACCUGCUCUCCGCCUAUGACCCGUCAACGCCUGUGUAUUUGGGCUACAAGAUGACCCGCUAUAAUGUGAGCUACAUGUCUGGCGGCGCCUCCUAUGUCCUGAGCCGCGAGACCCUGCAUCGUUUCAUGACCCAAGCCUAUGAAUCUGAAGUGGUUUGUCCGCAGCCCAAGAGAAUGGGCAUUGAGGACUUCUACAUGGGCAUCUGUCUGCAGAAUGUGGGCGUUCAUUUGGUGGACUCUGCACAGGCGCUGGGAGGGGACGACGCAAAGCACAAAUUCAUGCCAUUGGAUCUGGAGAGCUAUAUGUCCGACUCUAACGCUACUACCCCGGACUGGUUGCGGCUGAUGAGUGUGUCCGAGGUCGAAACUGGAUUCAAUUGCUGCUCCAAUUAUUCGGUGGCCUUUCAUUAUGCCAGCCCCGAACGGAUGUACCUCUAUGAGUUUUUGCUUUAUCAUCUACGAGUUUUUGGACGCCGCGAACCCUCAGAGCAUCACACCAGACACCACUUGACCGCAACGGAUUUGAUGAGGAGAUUUCCACUGGAGGACAAUUCGUUCAUAAAAGAUUUACAAAAAAUGUCAGAGAAGCCAGAUAAUUUCUAAAUUCUACUUAUAAGACUCCCGCCUUCUUCAUGUGAUUCUAAUAUUAAUAAAUUAGGCAUAAGAAACUUUAGCUAUAUUGAGGUUUACGCGUGUCCUUAGCAAUAAACGAUAUUUAGCUUGGUUAGCUUGAUUCUGGCCUAUGUAUCUUUGGAUAUUACCUGCAGGAUCAUUAUAAUUCAGACAAACUGCUGGAAAUCGAAGAAAAAUUAGAAGGGAGACUCCUAAAAUAAUUAUACCCAGUACAUACCAUGUACUCUCCCCAGUUAGCCUUGCCAUUGCCGGAGCAAACAGCAUUCUGUAGAUCACUUGCCCAACAGAGACUUAACAGACCAUCCAGCGGAUCGCUGAGAUCUAUGUUAGAUGCAUGUUAACAUUCACAAUUAAAAUACCAGCGCAAAAGUAUGCAACAAAAAUGUGUGAAUUUGCUGAGGCUAA